CUCAGGUCGUGAUCUCACGGUUCAUGAGUUCGAGCCCUGCGUCGGGCUCUGGGCUGACAGCUCAGAGCCUGGAGCCCGCUUCAGAUUCUGUGUCUCCCUCUGUUUGCCCCUCUGCUGCUUGCACUCUGUCUCUCACAUUGUCUCAAAAAUAAAUAAACAUUAAAAAAAAUUUUUUUUUAAGUUUCCCUUGAGACUUCCUCUUUGGCCUGUGGUUUAUUUAGAAGAUGUUGUUGAGUUUCUGAGUGUUUGGGGAUUUUCCUGUUCCUUUUUGUUUUGAUUACUGGUUUCACCCCAUUGUUGUCAGCAAGCAUACUAUGUGUGAUUUCAGUUCUUCUACCGUUGUUGAGGUUUGUCAUGUUGUCUAGGAUAUGGUCUUUAUGGUCUAUUUUCUGUGGACAUUUAAAAAGAAUGUAUAUUCUGCUACUGUUGGGUGGAAUGUUCUAUAAAUGUUGCUCAGAUCCUGUCGGUUGAUGGUGUUCAUGAAUUCUUUUUUUAACCUUGCUGAUUUUCUGUCCAGUUGUUCUGUCAGUUGCCGAAGGAAGGGUAUUGAAGCCUCCAACUAUAAUUGUGACUUUUGUCUAUUUCUCCUUUCAGUUUCAUCAAAUUUUGCUUCAUAUAUUUUGCAAUUCUAUUGCAUGGUGUAUACACACUUAAAAUUGCUAUGUCUUCUUGGCGGAUUGACCCUUUUAUCGUUAUGUAAUGUCUCUGUAUGUCCCUGGUAAUUUUCUUUACUCUGAAGUCUACUACUCUAUCCAAUAUUAAUAAGUUCACUCCUGCUUCCUUUUAAUCAAUGUUUGCAUGAUACAGCUUUCCUUUUCAAUUUUUAUUAUUUUAUUUUUUUUCAAAUUUUUAUUUAAACUCUAGUUAGUUCAACCUACAUAUAUCAUCAUAUUUGAAGCACAUUUCUUGUAGGCAAUACAUAAUUGGGUCACGAUUUUUUAUUUUUUAUUUUUUUAUUUUAGAGAGAGAGAGAAAGAGCUCCACACUCAGCAUGGAGCCCAAUACGGAGCUUGAUCCCACAGCACUGGGAUCAUGACCUGAGCCUGAGCUGAAAUCAAGAGUCGAACACUCCACUGACUGAGCCACCCAGGUGCCCCUGGAUCAUGAUUUUUUAAAUUGAAUCUGCCAAUUUCUGUCUCUAAUUAGUGCAUUUAUACCAUUUACACUUUAUUUAAUUAUUUAUAUGUUAAGGUUGGAGCCUGUCAUAUUUUGUGUUUUCUGUUUGUUCUCUCUGUUUUUGUUUUCUCCUUUAUUUUUCCCCUUUCUUUGGGGUAUAUGGGCAUUUUGAAGAAUUCCAUUUUGAUUAUCUAGUAUUUUCAGGAGGAUCUCCUUAUGGAGCUUUUUUUUUUGCCAGAUGUUUUAUGUAUUGUGUAAUAUAUACACAACUUAUCAAUGUCUAUUGGUAUCAUUUUACCACUUUCAGCGAAGUGUGGAGAUCUUCCUUACCCCUUUUCUCUUUAUCCUCCCCUAUUCAUUGUCUUAAUAUAAUUGUUAUAUAUUUCCUUUAUAUGCAUUGAGCACCACAUUAGAUGGGGUUAUAAUGUUUGCUUCAACUGUCAAACCUAUUUUAGAAAACUUAAGAGAAGGAAAGCAUAUUAUAUUUACCUAUAUUUUUUGCUCUUUCCAUAUUCUUUCUUCCUUACUGAUGGUCCAUUUUCUUUUAUCAUUUCCUUUCUGGUUAGAGAACUUCCUAUAGCCAUUCUUUUAUGGUAAGCCUGCUGGUAAUAAAUUCCUACUUUUCCUUGACCUGAAAAUGUCUCAAUACUUCUUUCAUUCCUGAAGGAUAUCUUCUAUGGGCAUGGGAUGCUAGGCUAACAAGUCUUUCCUUUUAGCACUUGAAACAUGUUGUUCGGGGCGCCUGGGUAGCUCAGUCGGUUGGGCAUCUGACUUCAGCUCCGGUCAUGAUCUCGUGGUUCGUGGGUUCAAGCCCCGCAUCAGGCUCUGUGCUGACAGCUCGGAGCCUGGAGCCUGCUUCUGAUUCGGUGUCUCCCUCUGUCUCUCUGCCCCUUCCCCACUCAUGCUCUGUCUCUGUUUGUCUCUGUCUGUCUGUCUGUCUGUCUCUCUCUCUCUCUCUCUGAAAAUAAAUAAACAUUAAAAAAAAUUUUUUUAAAGGGAAGAUGUUGUGCCAUUUACUUCUGGUCCUAAAUGGCACCUUCUUCCAAUAGAGGGUUGUUUCGUCUACAUUGAAAAUCUACUGUUUAGUGUGGCCACCUUCCUUAUCUGAGCUAGAGCUUCUGGAUAAUUUGCUGCAGCUUCUAUAUCAGCACCCACUGCUUUGCCUACACUUGUAUGUUAUGGAGGUGGCUUCCUUCCUUAAAAUGCAUGAACCGACCUCUGCCAGCAUCAAACUUUUUUUUUGCAACUUCCUCACCUCUCUCAGCCUUCAGAGAAUUGAAAGGAGUGAGUGCCUUGCUGGGGAUUAGGCUUUGGCUUAAGGGAAUGUUGUGGCUGGUUAUAUGGAGGUGGCUUGCGGCACCCCAAAACCGUUAUUAUAAUAGUAACGUCCAAGGUCACUGGCCACAGGUCACCACAAUAAAUAUAAGAAUAGUGCAAAGGUUUGAAAUAUUACGAGAACUAUAUUACCAAAACGUGACACAGAGACACGAAGUGAGCAAAUGCCUGUAUUUCUUCGCUGAGGUUUUCUAUUGUCUCAUUUGUGUUAGGCAUUCUUCAUAAUUGCCCAGUGAAGUGUGUUUACGAUGGCUGCUCUAAAAUCCUUGCCAGGCAGUUCCGGCAUCUGUUGGGGUUUCGGUGUUGGCAUCUGCUCAGUAAUCUUUCCUCCUUCCAGCUGAGGUGUUCCCGGUUCUUGGUAUGACAUCUGAUGUUUCAUCGUGUCUAGGACAUGUGGGUAUUAAAUUAAGAGGCUCUGGAAUUCAUUUAACUCUCAUGUUUUCACAGGCGUCCUUUGACAGACCUCCGUUGGGUGAAGGGAGAUGUCAGCUCAUUACUCCACUUGGCUUCUUUGCGGGUUUCUUGGAGUCUCUGAGGAGCCCCUGGGCCAGACCCCGCAUUGAAGGCUGCAGGACCCACCUCCCGGCCCCAGCAGCUCUGAUUGAGUCCACAGGUGUCUACCUGACUUCAAGCUCCUGGGAAGAGUGGAGUCGUCAGCAAGAGAGCCUGAGAGCUGAGGCCCGGCGGGAACAUGCCAGCUGACCAGAGUUCUCCCCGGUGGUCCUCGGUCCUAGCUCCAGAGGGACAUGGCAGCUCGUGUGAGGUCUCCGUGUCAUUCGAGGAUGUGACCGUGAACUUCAGCAGGGAAGAGUGGCAGCAUUUGGACCCUGCUCAGAGACGCCUGUACCGGGAUGUGACACUGGAGAACUACAGCCACCUGCGCUCAGUGGGGUACCAGGUUCCCAAACCAGAGGUCAUCUUCAAAUUGGAGCAAGGAGAGGGGCCAUGGACAUUGGAGGGAGAAACCCCACAUCAGAGCUGUUCAGGUGAGGAUAUUGGGAAAGUACAACAACAGAGAAUUUCUGGAAAAGUUCCACUCCCCUGUGAGAAAUUUGGUCAAUCUAUAAGAAAAGCUCCUUUGUGUUCCAUUUUAGAAGAAUUGUGGCAAAAUAAUAGCGAACUAGAGAGAUAUCCAAGAAGCCAAAAUAACCCUUUAAGUCCUGUGAAAGUGCUGAGCUGUGAAUGUAAAAAUAUUGAAAAAAUAAUUCACGUGAGUUCCAAGCUUGUUCCUUCAAUUAAAAGACUCCAUAACUAUGACACAUUUGGAAAGAGUUUGAAGCACACUUUAAACUUACAUAACCAUAAUAAAAGCAAUUCAACAAAGAACCUUGAUAAGAUUUUUGGAAAUGAUAACAAUUUUGCCCACAGCUCUUCCUCCCCUGAGAAUGCUGCCACAGGGGCAAAUGCCUGGAAAAUUAAUCAAUGUGAAAAGCAUCUUGGCAACAAACAAGUUCUCAUCCCCCAGCAGCAAAUUCAGACCGGGGAGCAACUUUAUGUUUGUACUGAGUGUGUAAAGAGCUUCCCCCAGAAGUCACAUCUCUUUGAGCAUCAGAGAAUGCAUGCUGAGGGAAAAUCCCAUGAAUGCAAUAAAAGUGAGAACGCCCUCACUCAGAAGCCACAGAUUAAUGGACCUCAAAGUGUUUAUACAGGGGAUAAACCCUAUAUAUGUACUCAGUGUGGGAAGGCCUUUACUCUCAAGUCAAACCUCAUUACACAUCAGAAAAUUCAUACUGGGCAGAAACCGUAUAAGUGCAGUGAGUGUGGAAAAGCCUUUUUCCACAGAUCAUAUCUCUUUAGACAUAUGAGAAUUCAUACAGGAGAAAAACCCUAUGAAUGUAGUGAAUGUGGAAGAGGCUUCUCCCAGAAUUCAGACCUUAAUAUACAUCAGAAGACUCAUACUGGAGAGAAACACUAUGCGUGCAGUGAAUGUGGGAAAGCCUUUACAAGAAAGUCCGCGCUCAGAAUGCAUCAGAGAAUCCACACAGGAGAGAAACCUUAUGUAUGCACUGAAUGUGGGAAGGCUUUCAUCCAGAAAUCACAUUUCAAUACACAUCAGAGAAUCCAUACCGGAGAAAAACCUUACGAAUGCAGUGAGUGUGGAAAAUCAUUCACUAAGAAGUCACAACUCCACGUGCAUCAAAGAAUUCACACAGGAGAAAAACCCUAUAUAUGUACAGAAUGCGGAAAGGUCUUUACUCAUAGGACAAACCUCACUACACAUCAGAAGACUCAUACUGGAGAGAAACCCUACAUGUGUGCUGAAUGCGGAAAGGCUUUCAGUGACCAGUCAAAUCUCAUUAAACACCAGAAAACUCACACUGGAGAGAAACCCUAUAAAUGCAAUGGCUGUGGAAAAGCCUUUAUAUGGAAGUCACGCCUCAAAAUACAUCAGAAGUCUCAUAUCGGAGAGAGACACUAUGAAUGCAAUGAAUGUGGGAAAGCCUUUAUCCAGAAAUCAACACUUAGUGUGCAUCAGAGAAUCCACACAGGGGAGAAACCCUACGUUUGUCCUGAGUGUGGGAAGGCCUUCAUCCAGAAAUCACACUUCAUUGCACAUCACAGAAUUCAUACUGGAGAGAAGCCUUAUGAAUGCAGUGACUGUGGGAAGUGCUUUACUAAGAAGUCACAACUCCGUGUGCAUCAGAAAAUUCACACAGGGGAGAAGCCCAACAUAUGCGCUGAAUGUGGGAAGGCCUUCACUGACAGGUCAAAUCUGAUAACACACCAGAAAAUCCAUACCCGAGAGAAACCCUAUAAGUGCGGUGACUGUGGGAAAACUUUCACCUGGAAGUCCCGCCUCACCAUCCAUCAGAAAUCUCACACUGGAGAAAGGCACUAUGAAUGCAGUAAAUGUGGGAAAGCCUUCAUCCAGAAAGCAACGUUGAGCAUGCAUCAGAUCAUUCAUACAGGAAAGAAACCCUACGCUUGUACAGAAUGUCAGAAGGCCUUCACCGACAGAUCAAACCUCAUUAAACACCAGAAAACGCACAGUGGAGAAAAGCUAUAAAGGCACUGACGGCAAACGCCUUCAGCUGGACCUCACAACUCGGUACGCGUCAGAUGUCUCGUAGACGGGAAGAGGAGUGACCGUGACACUACAGCUUCCGUGAACAGAAGGCAGGCAAAGCCAAGUACCCUUCAGUCAACGGGAAGUACAAGUACCUGCAUCGCUGCAAGCUGACGCGCAAUUAGACGCGCAGGGAGACGCUUUGAUAAAGCAUUUGAGCAAUAGUCCUAUUUGGGUGCAUGAUUCAUCCACAGACCCUCAAGCUCCUACAAGCGGUACAAAUAGAGACCCCAGGAGAUGACUUGGAACCUGUUAUGUUUCACUUUUUGGAUGAAGGACUUGAUAAAUUCGGUACUGAUGAGUUCUUCGUCCCCCGGGGUGUAAAAGUACUCGAUAUUGGCCACUUCUUUUUCAGAUUCCUAGGGCGGGGAGAAGAGUUUUUAGAGCACCAAGGUCAAGGCAGAAAACUAUGGGAACGCAGGUCUGUGAGUAGAAGCCACAAGUUUUUGUGAUCGUUGACAUUUAAGACACAAAAAAAAGAUUGCCAUGAGGAACUGUUCUGUCUCUUCCCUUCACGAUAGAAUUUUAAAAAUGUAAUAUUUAAAAAAAAUUUUUAAAUAUUUAUUUGUGAGGGCGGGGGAGGGGCAGAGAGAGAGGGAGACACAGAAUCCAAAGCAGGCUCCAGGCUCCGAGCUGUCAGCACAGAGCCCGACGCGGGGCUCGAAGUCAUGAACCCUGAGAUCGUGACCUGAGCCGAAGUCAGACGCUCAGCCGACCGAGCCACCCAGGCCCCCCCAAAAUAUAGUAUUUUUUAAAAAUGAAAUAGAAUUUUUAAGCUGAAAGUCUCGCUUUAGGUUUAAAUUGGCAACUUAGGCACGGCUGUAGUGGAUGUUACAGAAAUAUAGUUGUUAAGCCUUACAGACCUCUGAAGGUGGCAAUUGUUCCCUCAUUAAUUCCAUGCUGUGGCAGCAGGCAAUUCACAUCCAAAAAAGACGUGCAUGCGUUCUAACCUGUAUCCCAAAAGCUGUCAUUUAUGGAAGCUGGCAGACCACAGACUUCUCAUCCCCUUAGACGCUGACCCUCAUCCACUGAGGCUUCUGCUUUCUUUGGGAUUCCUGUUUGGAAAGGAGUGGUUGACAAAUUGGGUUUCAGUACCUAAAACUUUGAUUUGGUUUUCCUUUCAAUUUGGAUAAGAUACAUUCACUUUCUACACGCACGUUAAGAGCAGUUUUGUGUAGAUUGCUACAGGAUAAAGUCAUCUCGCACUGUAUUUGGUUAGUCUCGGAUAUGAUUAUAGUUGAAUAACUGCGAGACUUCUCUAGAAAGAGCACUGCUUUUUUUUAGGCACUGAUGUACAGACACUUUCUCAUUUUGCCUUAAAUGGUUUUUUAUGACACUCAUAAGAAAAGGGACUUGCUUUCUUGCAUGCAAUUUUAUUUUGUUUUUAAACCUUCUUAUUAAAGUAUAAUGUACACAGAAAAUGCAGAUAGCAUGAGCAAACAGUUCAGUGAUCUCUCACAAAGUGAACAUACUCAGAUGAAGAAGGAAAACAUCCCCAGCACUCCAGAAGCAUUCCAGGCCUUGUCCCCCAUCCCCAAGGUAAACACUAUCCUGACUUGUAACAGCACAGAUGGUUUUGUCUGUUUGGUAUCUUAUAUAAAUUGAGUCCAACAAUUAUAUUUCCUAUUUUAGUAAUAUACUCUUUGGUGUCUGUCUUCUUAAAUUCACAUUGUAAAUGUGAGAUUCAUCCAUUUGGUCAAAUGUAGUUGUAGAUAAUUCAUUCUCAUUGUCACGUUAUGUUCCAUUGCGUGAAUAUACUACAAUAUAUUUAUCUAUUCCUCUGUUGAUGGACAUUUGGGUUGUCUGCAGCUUGGGGCCAUUAGGAAUAGUGGUGCUAUAAAUAUUUUAGUGCCUAUCUAUUAAUGAACAUAUUUACGAAUUUCCAUUAGGUAUAUGUAUCUAGGAUUUGAACUGCCAAGUCAUACGGUAUCCGUAUGCUCAGCUUUAGUUUCUAAAACUAGUUUUCAAAAGUGGCUGUACCAAUAUACACUCCCACCAGCACAGUAUACGAGUUCUACUUGUGCUCCACGUUCUUGCCAACACUUGGUGUUUUCCGUCUUUUUCAUUUUAGCCCAUAUAUAUACAUAUACAUAUGUAUAUGUAUAUGUAUAGCCCCCCCACACAUAUAUAUAUAUAACCAUUAUGGUUGGUAUAUAGUGAUAUCUCAAUGUGAUUUUAAUUUUUAUUUCUUGUCUUCCAAUCUCAACGUAGUAUCUCUCCAAGACAGUUAACUGAGAUCUGAGACCUCGUCAUGGUCCUCGCAUGGCUGCACCAUUUAUAUUUCAGCAACAAUAGUAAGCCAUUAGUAACUUUAAAUCUUCCCACACAAAAAUGCCUAAAGCCAGAUGGUUUCACUGGUUAAUUGCAUUAAACAUUUAUAGGAGAAAUAACACUGACACUCCACAAAAUCUUUCAAAAAGAGGAAGAAGGAACACUCCCCAAGUCUGUGAGGCCAGGAUUACCCUGAUACUUAAGCCAUACCAACACAUAACAACAGUCACAAAGACUACAGACCAAUAUUCUUCAUGAAUAUAGAUGUGAAAGUCUUCAGCAAAAUACUAGCAAAUUGAAUCUAGCAACAUAUAAAAAAAUUAUAUAUCAUGACCAAGUGAGGUCUGUUCUGUAACACAAGGCUGCCUCAACAUUCAAAAAUCAGUGUAAUCUCCCAUAUUAACAAGCUGAAGAAGAAAAAUCACAUGACCUACAGAUUCAGUACCAUUUUAUCAAACUUCCAGCAGCCUUUCUUCCCCCAGAAUUGAUAAACGAAUCCUUAAAAUAUAGAGAGAAGUAGAAAGGACCAAGAAUAGUGAAAAGGAAUCUGCCAAACAAAGUGGGAGGACAUUUACCUACCAAUUUCAGACACAUAGAUUAACAGAACAGAAAACAGUCCGGCAACAAGCCCUCAUACUAUGAUAAACAUGUAUUUUCCCCACAAAAGUGUGAAGGCAAUUCAAUGGGGAAAGAAAAACCUUUCAACAUUUGGUGCAGGGAUCAUUGGAUAUCCACAUGCAAAAAGAUAAAUUUAAAUCUUGCUUCAUGCCAUUCUAACAAUGAGCUCAAAAUAGAUCACAGACACAAGUAUAAAAGCUACAACUAUAAAAGUUUUAGUAGAAAACAGGAGAAACUCUGUGACCUUGGUUUAGGCAAGAAAUUCUUAGAUAGGACACCAAGAACAUGAUCCAUAAGGAAAAAAAUCAUAAACUGGACUUCCAUCAAACCAAAAACCAAAAAGGUUUGUGCUUCAAAAGACACAGCUAAGGAAACGAAAAGACAAAACACAGACUGGGAGAAAACAUUUGUAAGGCCUGUAUCUGAUAAAGAACUUCUAUCCAGAAUAUAUAAAGAACACUUACAGCUCAAUAAAAAGACAAACAACCCACUUUAAAAAUGGACAAAAGACUUGAAGAGACAUUUCAUCAAAGAGGAUAUGAUGCAAGUAAGCACAUGAAGAGAUGCCCAACAUCAUUAGGGAAAUUCUAAUGAAAACCACAAUGAAAUAACCACUUUACAUGCGCUAAAAUGGCUAUAAUUAAAAAAGACCAUCCUAACAAAUGUUGGCAAAGAUACAGAGGAUUAGGAACUUUCAUACAUUUCUGGUGUAAAUGCACGAAAGUGGUAUAGCCACUUUGGAAAAGGGGCAGUUUCCUUAAAAGUCGAUCAUAAAUUUACCAUAGGACCCAGCGAUGUCACUCCUAGUAUCCACCCAAAAUGUAUGUAACAUGUGCUCACACAAACUUGCCCUUAUUGAUAAUAGCGUAAUUUGUAUAAGGCAAUAAAGUACAGACAGUCCAAAUGUCCAUCAACUGGCAAAUGGAUACACCAAAUGUGGUAGUCAGCAAUAAAAAGGAACAAAUGCUAAUAAAUACUACAACAUGGAUGAACCUCAAAAAUAGUAUAAGUGAAAGAAGCAAGACACAAAAGAUCAAGUAUUGUAUUUGUAUAUUGUAUUUACAUGAAAUGUCCAGAAAAAAUCUAUAGAGAUCUGUAGAUUAGUGGUUGUCUGGGGAUGAAAAUUGGAAUGGUCAUGAAUUAUAAAUUAGUACAAGGAUUUUUAUCGGGGUCAGAGAAAUGUUCUAGAACGUGAUCGUGGUGACGGUUGCCCCACUAGGUAUAAGUUUAAUAAAGGUCACUGAGGCGAUCCUUAAUUCCAUUCCUUUUUAAACACCUGGAUCCCCUGCCAUAACAUCUGUUGCCGCCUAUAGCUAGAAUGAACUGUUGUCUUGGAGCUUGUUGUACAUUGAAGAAGAAACUUUUGUUUAAAAAAAAGUCAUUGACCUGUACAAUUUAAAUACAGAAUGUAAAUGAUACCAAAAUAAAGUUGUUCCUUUUUCUGA